GAUGACCUUGGUUAAUGUUCACUAGCCGCCUCCCCUCGCCCCUCUGCCUCCACUGCUUAAAUACGGACGAGGACAGGGCUCUGUCUCCUCAGCCUCCGUCACCACACCGGCCCCGGGACAGUGAGUGGACGAUGCCACCCUCCAUCUCGUGGGGCCUCCUGCUGCUGGCCGGCCUGUGCUGCCUGGCCCCUGGCUCCCUGGCCGAGGAUGCUCAGGAGACGGACGCACACAAGCAGGACCAGGAGCACGCAGCCUGCCACAAGAUCGCCCCGAACCUGGCCGAGUUCGCCUUCAGCCUCUACCGCGUGCUGGCCCACCAGUCCAACACCACCAACAUCUUCUUCUCCCCUGUGAGCAUCGCCACAGCCAUGGCCACGCUCUCCCUGGGGGCCAAGGCUGACACUCACACCCAGAUCCUGGAGGGCCUGGACUUCAACCUCACGGAGGUGGCAGAGGCUGACAUCCACACGGGCUUCCAGCAUCUGCUCCAGACCCUCAACAGGCCCAACAACCAGCUCCAGCUGACCACCGGCAACGCCCUCUUCAUCCACCAGAACCUGAAACUGGUGGACAGCUUCCUGGAGAACGUCAAGAACCUGUACCACUCAGAGGCCUUCUCCACCAACUUCACCGACUCCGAAGCAGCCAGGAAGCAGAUCAACAGUUACGUGGAGAAAGGAACCCACGGAAAGAUCGUGGACUUGGUGAAAGAACUGAACAAAGAUGCAGUUUUCGCCCUGGUGAACUACAUUUUCUUUAAAGGCAAAUGGGAGAAGCCCUUUGAGGCGGAGCACACCACGGAAGAAGACUUCCACGUGGACCAGGCAACCACGGUGAAGGUGCCCAUGAUGAAGCGCCUGGGCAUGUUCAACCUGCACUACUGCAGCACGCUGGCCAGCUGGGUGCUGCAGAUGGACUACCUGGGCAACGCCACCGCCAUCUUCCUCCUGCCCGACGAGGGGAAGCUGCAGCACCUGGAGGACACCGUCACUACGGAACUCCUCUCCAAGUUCCUGAAAAACAGGCACAUCAGGUCAGCCAAUCUGCACUUGCCCAAACUGUCCAUCUCUGGAACCUAUGAUCUGAAGAGUGUCCUGAGCAGACUGGGCAUCACCAAGGUCUUCAGCAACGGCGCUGACCUAUCAGGGAUCACAGAGGAUGCUCCCCUCAGUCUCUCCCAGGCCCUGCAUAAGGCUGUGCUGACCAUCGAUGAGAAAGGGACAGAGGCUUCGGGGGCCACAUUUUUGGAAGCCAUCCCCAUGUCUCUUCCCCCUGAAGUGAAAUUCGACCGUCCCUUCUUCUUUGUAAUCUAUGAGCACUACACCAAGAGCCCCCUAUUUGUGGGGAAGGUGGUGGACCCCACAAAGCAGUAGCCACCUCGGGCACCAGCCCCUCCUCUCCUGCCCUGCCUGCGCCCCUCCCUGAUGACAUUAAAGAAGGGUUGGCCAACCUUCA